GGGGCCCACCUGGCUAGGGGGCAGGCCAUACCUCCCUGGGAGGUGACGUUUGACCUAUGAGACGAGCCCUAAAGGACAGGUAGGGAUCCCCCGCGGAUGCCGCGCUGGCGAGGCAGGGCCUGAGCAGCCAGUGGAGGAGGGCAGCGGGAAGCGCGCUCUGCAGGAGCCAGACGUCCCAGCCCGCGUGGCCAGAGGUGGCAGGGGCGUGGCCUGAGCGGGGCUGGCGCAGGCAGGAUUUGGGGCUGCGCCAGGGGCGUCCAGACCUGACCCUUUCCCACGGUCGGUUCCGGCUGCCACGCCUCCACUGCCAUCUGCGCUGUCCUUGGCGACUACGCCUUCACCCCACUGGGUGCGUUUCAGCGGUCCCAGAGCCGGGCGGGUGCGGGGCCAGGAGCGCUCCGCGGCCGGUAUCAGGCCUGCAGUCCAUUGAAGACUUGAACAAGUGGGCCCUGUUUCUUGUGUCUCCUUUUAUACUUGAAGCAGAACACAUAGCAUUUGUGACGGAGAGCAUUUGGGUACAAAGUGAGAAUUUACAGAGAUCAUCCUCUUCAGAAACAAUUGUCAAGUGGUCAGACUGUUGUUUGCCAUUAGCUUGCAGACCUGGGGAUCCUUAUUGGCUAAUUGCUGAAGCAAGUGUGGACAACUUCAGCAAGCUUGGGGUGGCGUUCAUGGAAGAUAGACUCCACAUGGAUAAUGGACUGGUACCCCAAAAGAUUGUGUCGGUGCACUUGCAGGACUCCACUCUGAAGGAAGUUAAGGAUCAGGCCUCAAACAAGCAAGCCCAGAUCCUACAGCCGAAGCCUGAACCUUCUCUUGAGAUUAAGCCUGAGCAGGACGGUAUGGAGCAUGCUGGCAGAGAUGCCCCAAAAGCUCUUGGUGAAGAACCCAAACAAAGGAGAGGCAGUGCCUCUGGGAGUGAGCCUGCUGGGGACAGUGACAGGGGAGGGGGCCCCGUUGAGCAUUAUCACCUCCAUCUGUCUAGUUGCCACGAGUGUCUGGAACUUGAGAACAGCACCAUUGAGUCAGUCAAGUUUGCAUCUGCCGAGAACAUUCCAGACCUUCCCUACGAUUAUAGCAGCAGUUUGGAGAGUGUUGCUGAUGAGACCUCCCCUGAAAGAGAAGGGAGGAGAGUCAACCUCACGGGAAAGGCACCCAACAUCCUCCUCUAUGUGGGCUCCGACUCCCAGGAAGCCCUCGGCCGGUUCCACAAGGUCCGGUCCGUGCUGGCCGACUGUGUGGACAUUGACAGUUACGUUCUCUACCACCUGCUGGAGGACAGUGCUCUCAGAGACCCGUGGAUGGACAACUGUCUGCUGUUGGUCAUUGCUACCAGGGAGUCCAUUCCUGAAGACCUGUACCAGAAGUUCAUGGCCUAUCUUUCUCAGGGAGGGAAGGUGUUGGGCCUGUCUUCAUCCUUCACCUUUGGUGGCUUUCAGGUGACAAGCAGGGGUGCACUGCAGAAGACAGUCCAGAACUUGGUUUUCUCCAAGGCUGACCAGAGUGAGGUGAAGCUCAGCGUCUUGAGCAGUGGCUGCAGGUACCAGGAAGGCCCCGUCCGGCUCAGCCCCGGCAGGCUCCAGGGCCACCUGGAGAAUGAGGACAAGGACAGGAUGAUUGUGCAUGUGCCUUUUGGAACUCGCGGGGGAGAAGCUGUUCUUUGCCAGGUGCACUUAGAACUACCUCCCAGCUCCGACAUAGUGCAAACUCCAGAAGAUUUUAACUUGCUCAAGUCAAGCAAUUUUAGAAGAUACGAAGUCCUUAGAGAGAUUCUGACAACCCUUGGCCUCAGCUGUGACAUGAAACAAGUUCCUGCCUUAACUCCUCUUUACUUGCUGUCAGCUGCGGAGGAAAUCCGGGAUCCUCUUAUGCAGUGGCUUGGGAAACACGUGGACUCCGAGGGAGAAAUAAAAUCCAGCCAGCUCUCUCUUAGAUUUGUUUCAUCCUAUGUGUCUGAAGUAGAAAUAACCCCAUCUUGUAUACCUGUGGUGACCAACAUGGAGGCCUUCUCAUCAGAACAUUUCAACUUAGAGAUCUAUCGCCAAAAUCUGCAGACCAAGCAGUUGGGGAAAGUAAUUUUGUUUGCCGAAGUGACCCCCACAACGAUGCGUCUCCUGGAUGGGUUUAUGUUUCAGACACCGCAGGAAAUGGGCUUAAUAGCGAUCGCGGCCCGGCAGACCCAGGGCAAAGGACGGGGAGGGAAUGCGUGGCUGAGCCCUGUGGGAUGUGCUCUUUCUACUCUACUCAUCUCCAUUCCACUGAGAUCCCAGCUGGGACAGAGGAUCCCGUUUGUACAGCAUCUGAUGUCCGUGGCUGUCGUGGAAGCAGUGAGGUCCAUUCCCGAGUAUCAGGAUAUCAACUUACGAGUGAAGUGGCCCAACGAUAUUUAUUACAGUGACCUCAUGAAGAUCGGCGGAGUUCUGGUUAACUCAACACUCAUGGGAGAAACAUUUUAUAUACUUAUUGGCUGUGGAUUUAAUGUGACUAACAGUAACCCUACCAUCUGCAUCAACGACCUUGUCACAGAAUACAAUAAGCAACACAAGGCAGAACUGAAGCCCUUAAGAGCCGAUUAUCUCAUCGCCAGAGCCGUGACUGUGCUGGAGAAACUGAUCGAAGAGUUUCAGGACAAAGGGCCCAACAGCGUCCUUCCCCUUUAUUACCGAUACUGGGUCCACAGUGGUCAGCAAGUCCAUCUGGGCAGCGCAGAGGGACCAAAGGUGUCCAUUGUUGGCCUGGAUGAUUCUGGCUUCCUCCAGGUUCACCAGGAGGGCGGCGAGGUUGUGACUGUGCACCCGGAUGGCAACUCCUUCGACAUGCUGAGAAACCUCAUCCUCCCCAAACGGCGGUAAUGCCAGGCGUCCCCGAGACAGGCCUGGGCCUGCCCUCCUGACUCACCAGGCCUGGUGCCUGGGCAGCAGGUGAGGAUGCUGCUGGGCUGCCUGGGGUCCGAGCCCAGUGCAGAGCCGCCACCGUGAGCAUUCAGCUUUUAUCGCGGCCGCCUGUCCGUGCCCACGCAUCUGGAAAUCUAAUUUAGAGUUGUAGGUGAAUCUUCUCUUCCUCCAAUUCAUUUGUUAAGUCUUUGGUUCUUUUUCUGUGUUUCUGGUUUUUUUAGGUUCGUUUUGUUGUUGUUUUCUUUGGUGUUUGAAGAGGCUCUGGGAUAGACGGUUAAGCGGUAGAAAAUUUAGUUUAGGGAAAGCCCUCCCACAGGUGGGAAAUUGCUCUCCCCUCUGCGGCUUGGACUUACGUUUAUUGUCAGGGAGAGUUUUUACAUGCAAAUGGCAAUGGGAGAAUUCAGAUAUUUUCUUAGCAGUGCAGACCUUUACCCCUAGUCUAUGAAAAAACAAACCAAAAUAUGCUCUUGGGCCUAGGCCAGUGGUGAGUUAGAGGUAUGCUAUCAUUGUUUGUAAGCAUCUGGGGAAGUAUUGAACUAUAAGAACAUGCGUUGACACUUAGUCAUUGUUCUGUGUUUUUAUUAAUGAAGAAACGGGAAGAUAGACUUCCAAGAGUUACUCUCCACCCAGUGGUGUGGCCCCAUAGCGAAGUCUAAAUGCCUGUAGAGAUAGAGCUAACUGGUGUGGUUGCAAUGACCUUGUAGAGGAAAUCAGUUAAUUACUUUCACACCAUUCAGUGAGCUCUCCUUUCCUAAGGAAGUUGAAAUGUCCUUAGUUAGGGACUUACUUUCUUAAGUAAGUUUAAAUUUACUACAUAUUGUGAAGAGAUAGGAUCAAGUUCAGAAUCCUUAAAUGUCUGAUUAGGCAUCACUUGGAUGAGGAGGUGGGCGAUUUGGCUCGAACAGCUGGAGAUGAAGCCACACUCAUACCACAGACAAGGGAGGAUUUGGAGCUUUUAAGCCAGUUUCAGAUUUACUCUGAAAUGUGGAGCAUUCCUGCAAGACUGUGCGGCUCACAGAAUAUAGAAGACAUGGCAUUUUACUCAGAAGUCCUAAGUUUUUGCCCCCCUCAUUUACCUCAUAUUACCGAGAAAAUGUUAUUGAUACUAAACACCCAUCAGUUCAGAGGGAGGAUGUGUGUGUGUGUCCCCGCAUAUGUGUGUGCGUGCGUGUGUGUGCACAUAGCUUUAAAAGAAGACAUUCAAAAUUUGAUGUGCUACCAGCCUCAUGAAAGAACAAAAGAAAGGAAGCCUUUUGAUAUGCAUUCGCUAUUCCCAGAUGUACGCUAUGCCUUUUCCAUGUCCCUCCUAUCUCUGUUGAACUUAUGAAUCAUACUCAUUACUUUUCAGCUUUAAAAGGCCAAUUUUUGUCCAGUUUUCUCCCUUCCUGCCAGUCCCAGCUGAAAUUAGUGGAAAGAAAGUUUGAUGGAGCUUUCAGCUUUGAACAAAAUCCUUUCAUUGUAAACUAGCACCAUCUUUAUCCAGGUCUUACCCAGUCAGGCUAAUUCCAGAAACUUGUGGUUUUUAGUAUAAAAUCUGUCUACCUUUAGCCAGGCACAGGACAGCCCUAUGAAAAAAUACCCAAUAUAUAUUUUUUGGAAAUGAAACAUUAAAAGAACUUAAAAAGUAAUUUUUGGAAAUGAGGCUUCAAUUAGAAUUAUUUUUCUCAAAAAAAAAAAAAAAAAAAAAAACACAAAAAAAACCACUCUUCUCCAAAUGCCCAAGGCUUCUUUCGAAAUUAGUUAGAAACUUAAAUAAAAUAUAAGUCCACACCACCCCCAAAUUACAAAAUGGACUCACCCUUGAGAGGGCAUCUGCAGAAUAUCAUCAGAGACAAAGAUCUCGAGGCUAACGAUGCAGGUUUCAUUUCUCAGACUUUGUAAUAUAAGGCAAGCCCUCUCUCAGAGCUGCCAUCACCACUUUGUGAAUUUCUUUGGGGGUUAUUUAAUGAAAAACAUGCUGUGUUUUGUUUUAAGCUGAAGUCCUAUUCUGGACAUUCUGCUUUGGGAAAAAAUGUUAUCAUUUAAUUUCCUUUCUGCAAAUUAAAACUAAUGAAGUGUGGCCUUGUCAAAGGCUGUGGCGAUGUUCCGGGCAGACUGCUGUGCUCUGUGCUUUCCAGCAGGCGCUCCUCCCUCGCGCAGGAGACUCAGUUGUCCUGAGAGAGAGGAAGCAGCCUUGAAGCAGAUGCUGCGUUUUCCAUAAACCUGAUUUUGCCUCACAUGAACCAAAGACUCUCAAAACUCUGCUUCUACAGAAUUAGCUGAAUAAAGGCAUUUUACAGAUAGCUGUUCGUGUUAGCGAAACCUGUCUACCUGCUAUACCACACUCUCCGAUUUAUGCACCCCGCAACCUGGGAUCUCAAGGAGCUUUAAAGUCUUAAUGGGAACUUGGCAUUUUCCUCAUGAUCUUUAAAAUGUGGUCACUAAACUCAGGAUUGGCGUGUGCUGUUAGAACACUGGAGUAGCCCUUGUUUUAGAGGCCGUGCAUCGAGCAUCGACCGUAUUCUGUAAAAGGCGAGAUAUCCUCCCUUCCAGGCUGGCAACAGGUUUCAGGGGGCCUCUUGAGGAAGUGCCCCCUAAAAUAGAACACAGCAAUAACUGGGCUUCCUGUCCCCACCCCAGCAGUGCUGUCUGGCACUGGGAACUCUGCCAGGGAGUGGUGGAAGUAGGAAGGAUUUGUGCUCGAAGUAAAAUAGUGGUUGAGUUUCACUGCAGCAGGCUGACGUCGCCUGAUGUGAGAGCAAGUGGCCGACUGGCGUGCGGGUGCACAGGUCAGGGGAGCACAGGCCACAGAGUGCAGCCUCUGGGGGUCCCCCAAGGCACAGCAUAUACAGCAUGGUCACCCCUUGCCCUGGAGUCUGGGAACAAAGGAACCAGCCUCACCGCACUGCUUCAGAUGGAAAAGGGAGGCAGGGUGGGCUUCCGUUCUCCAGAUCCAGGCAGAACAUGGGAGAAUCCUUAUUCCUGCUUAAUCACUAUGCAUAUUUGAAAUAAAAGAAAGUGUAAGCCUCUGCAAUUUUAACUGCUCAAAGAAUGUCUCUGAAAAGAAUCACUUUAAACCAAUGCCUAUAAAAAGCAAGUCUACCAAAAUAAACUAGACUUUCUAUGUGGUUUGGGCUCACUCUUAUUUUUACAAGUUUCAUUUUUAAAAGUAGGCAACUACUUUGGGUUACAGUAUUUUUAUUCAUAUUUAAACAUAUUUUUACAAAAUAAAUAAAGUGUUUUACAUAGUAAGGAAUAUGUAUGUAUUUCCAAGUAUUAAGAAGCCAGGUGGUUUUUUGUUUUUUGACGUAUUAUUGACAAAUAUAUUCAGCGCCAUACACAAGAGAAAUAUUAUUACUCCAAAGAAUGAAAAUUAACAAAACUCCAAAGCAAAAACCCUUUUAAUUGAGGUGAGAAAUAAAUUUAAUGUAACAAUAGCUAGAUUGUUUUUAGGAUUUUUCUUUUCUUUUGUGGAAACUUCUUGACUUCAUCUGAAUAGUUUUUCCCCCCAAGAUUUUAAUCUUAUAUGUCGUACUUAAGUUUAGGAACAGCUUGAAUAAUGCAUUCUAGAUAACACAAGGGCCAUGAUUCACUAAAAUUCCAAGCUACUGUAAUUUUAGGGCAUUUAUUUGCAAAUGUUCUUUGUAUCUCAUUUUAUCUGUAGCAGCUCCCCUCCCCCCCCCAGUCUACCUUAACCAUCUUAUAGCUCUGGUAAAUUAAAACUUAGGUAGACUUUAUACAAGAUCCAUUGGCCGUAUUAAACCUCUCCCACUCUUAGGGCUUAGGGCGGAAGGGACGAAGGCAGGGCUGAUAGGACUUUUAAAAGGAUAAAAGGGGUGGGGGCAAGGGAGGCGGAAAAUACAGGCUCUUACAGAUACCCUCCGCGCUGCCCUCCACACCCAGCCCACUGCUCUACAAAGGUAUGAAUGGAAUGGCUUUUCUAGAAAAGGGCUUCCAAGAACAUAAAGGAAUUCCUUUCCCUGGGAGGCCCCGUGGAGGGCUGAGCCAGCCUUGAAUUGGGCUUAUUUCUCAAAUCCAUUUGAUCUGGCAUUUUUGUCAACAUGGUACAUGUUAGGGCCCACGAUUUUUUUUUUCUUUUUUGUAAAAGAGAGGCAUAUGUAUUAAAAUGCUUCCUCUUCCCCUGCCAGAGCCUCACAGAAGUCAAGAAACGCUAUCCCCAGCUUAAAUGUGCAGACUCUUCAAGAUGGAGGUAACAAUAUUAGGUUGCCAUAGUAACAGCUCUGCUAACUUUGCACUCAGCCCUGGCUGUCCUGAAGCCAGCUCGUGUAAGAAUCUUCCUUCAUGUUCUAGGUUAUGAAAACGAAGUUUGUUUAGACAAGGACGUUUUCACUAGUACACAUUUUCUUUUUCAAGUACAUGUACACUCUGUUACGCCUGUCCACGUUGUCACUUGUAAAUCUAUGAUAGGGUGUUUUUUCUCAACAGUAACCUUUGUUAUUGAACUGCUCCGACGGCCUUGAUUUAUUUUUACUAAAUACAGCCCCAAAAGUUAAUAACAAGGUAGUCACAAAAGCAUUCUGCGGUACUUUAUUGAAAAAUGUCGGUGGUAUCUCCUAGUAAUCAAACCUACACCUUUCAAGAAUCACGGUUUAAUUACAAGACUCAUGAACAUAAACAAAAAUACCCUUGGCUUAUUUCCUGUGCACACACUCACAAGGAGCUGUGAAUGAGGUAUAGCUGAGUACAUGGAGAGGCGGGCACAUCCCUUCCUACCAUCCAGCCCCUUCGCUGCAUGACCCACGGUCCUAAAUUUGCAAAUUGUGACUCUUACCAUGAGGUCCACUGACAGACACCCUGUAGGGAUUGUGUCAGGUCCUCACUAAGUGACACAGGGUUGGCAAAAAAAAAAAAGUCAGUUCACAUUUUGAGAGCAGUUGGUGUAGGUGCACUUGAUUCUAGAACGAUGAGUUUAAAACAUUUGUGAAAACCUCUUUCCAUUCAGAAAGUUGGAAAAAGUUUCCUAAAAUAAACCAUUUUGAUAAAGCAGCAAAAUGAUGCAGUGUUGACACUGUGAAGAAAAUUGAAGGACGGUGGUUCAAUGUAUUGGUGCAGUUCAGAGCCACGGCAGGAUUUUUCAACGUUGAGAUCUUUAAGCAAAACCCAUAAAAAAUAAAAAUUAAUGGAAGCUCAUUUUUUAAACACUGCUGGUGCUUUAUGAAAGGAUUUCUGUUUACCUGUUGCACACGUAACAUGUUCUUAUGGUCUUCUUGCUGUGUAGAAAAUGCUUAAAAUGUCUACAUCAUUUUCAUUACAUCCCCUUAAGCAUGUUUUUCCUUCACAAGGUGCAGUCCAUUGACAGUGUUCCGUAUUGCACAUGCAAUUUAACUUUAUUAGCACUAUCUGUAGCAAACACGAACCUAGUGAAUUACAGAUCUGUGUGGGCCAGAGGGAUUUUGCCACGUAAUAAUUAAGCUUGACAGGGUCAUUCUCAUAAACUCUCUGGCUACAUAUAUAUUUUUGCAUUUAAUGCCUAUUCAGUAUAUUCUGAAGGUGCUACUCUUGGUGUUAUCAAGAGUUCAUAGGGGUUGGGGGAAAUAAGAGCUUGUUAAUGUAUUUGUGAAGCACACCCAUGUUCACAGACACAAAAUGGAAUUGCAUGGUCACCUCCUUAGUCUUGGCUUGUUGGCAUUUUGUAUUGAAGAAAGGGUUAAAUAAAAACAAAAAUAAUGACACUCUUGAAUGACUUUUAAA